AUGUAUAAAUCCAAACGAACCCAAUUUGGAGGAUCAACUGCCAGUACCUUGGAUCUGUUACAGACAUAGGAUUGUCUCUUUUGUCAAUAAUCUUAGAAAUUUUGCUGUCUGAUUACAAGAGCUCUUUACAUCAAAUAUUCAGCAAGCCAGAACUAUUACUAUCAAAAGGAUAUUAAUAUAAUACUAUUGCAAUAACGAUCUAAACAAUAUACUACUUAUAAAGAAUGGACUUAUUAUGAUACUAAUGAAUAUUUAAAACGAUUUUACUCCUUAACUGAUACAAGACAAAAAACUAUUGUAUUAACUGAAUAUUAUAAAGUAAUUACUUUCAAAACUAUACUGAAUAGUUUCACCGAGAUAUUCCACGUCUUUUUAUGUUGCCUAUAGCUUUAACAUUAUCUAAAUAUCAUGAUAAACGACGACGAAUAGAAUAUAUCAGAAUAUCUAGGAUGCUAGGAGGACAUGUUGAAUAGCCAACCCCAACAUAAAAUUCUAUCUAAACAGUAUAAAAUGAAUAAUUACAUAAACUUAGUCAUUGCAGAAUCUUUUGGGCUAGUUGAAUUUUACAAAGUAAGAAUAAUCUAAUACAUUAAUCGAAAUAUAAAAAAAUUUAAAAGAAGCCAUAAAUACAUCCAAAAACAUUCAAAAGGAAUUUGAUUCUCGUAAAUAUAAUCUACCUCUAUAACUAAAAAAUUCUGAUUAUUACAAUAAAUCAAAAUUAGAUCAUAAAUCUGAUACGAAUUCAAGAUUAGACUUUAAAGAAAACUUUAAUGAUCUAUUUUAAAAAAAAAAACCUUUAAAAAAUUCUGGUAUUUAAACCUAAAGAGAAGUUUCAUAACCUAAAGUAUAUAGCACUGAAAAAAACUGCAAAUUUUAGGUUCAAUAGAUUCCCCUCACUUAAAGGAAUGGCAAUAAUACAAAAUAAUCAAUUUCUCCUAGACCAACAACUCAAAGAUCAAUAAAACCAUAAAUUAUGUAAUUAUUAAAGCCUAACCAUAAUAAUAAUAAUAAAUUAAAGGCUACCAAUAUAAUCUUAGAAUGUUUAAUGAGAAAAUUAAAUUUAGAUCAAAAGGCUAUCACAAAAUAAAAAUCCAAAUCUCCUAAUAAUCCUUCUAAUCAAUAAGUAAAAAGAAAGAGAAGAGUAAUGAGCACAAAUUAAGAAACAACAAAAAUAGAUCUGAGUUAACUUAAAUAAAAAUAAUCUUAAAUACUUUAGAGUAAAUUUGAUUAAAAUAUUAUUAAUAAAGGAUAUAAAACAGGAAGAGCCUCAGCAAUGGCUUGAUUAAUUUAGUUAUAUAUUUAUUUAUUACUAUUAAAAUUCAAAUAAAAAUAAAAAAUUGCUCUAUAAGUAACAAAGUUACCACUAACUCAUAUUAUUAAUAGUAGUGAAAGAUGAAUAAAGAUUAUAAAGUAAAUAAAUUGAUUUUGCAAUUUCAUAAUAUAGUAAUAAUACACAAUAUUUAAAUCAUUAGAACAAUGCAGAGACCUUAAUCAUAGUCAAAUUUAAAUCAGAGAGAUUUUAUUUUUUAUUGCUACUCACCUAUUUUACUAAUCAUUUGGCAAACUCUAAGUAUUGAGACAUAAGACACUGGAUAUUUUCAAAAAGGGAAGCCAUAGUCUAUUUUUAGAUUAUCAAACAUGGUAUAAUAAGCCAUACUUAUUCAGAGUCUAAUUAUGGAAAGGAUCAUUUAAAAAAUUUAUACAUUAUAUGAAUAAUAGAUAAAAGAAAAUUACUAAUAUAAAUAUUGAAUUAGAUUUGAUAUUACUAUAUGAAAAAUUUAUGUAAUCUUUUAUAUAUUAAUAAUAAAAUAUAAAAGGUUACAUAAAUAAACAGUAAAUGAAUAAUUUUAGUGAAAAAAGUAAGGAAGCUGUAGUUAAAUUGGAUUAUCGUUCAUUGUAAAUAAUGACUAAAUGUGGAAUUAUAUUUUAAUAUUUAAAAGUAAGGGAGAUAAAAUCUAGCAAAAACUAUUUAUAUAUAAACAAUAUCAAAACCAGUCUUUCUUAACAAAUAGAAUUCAUUUUCAUAGAAAAAGAUAUAUUAAUCAUAUAUUAUUUGAUUAAAAUGCAUAGGAAAAAAGUAUUUAUGAAUAUUUAAGAAAUAAAGCUUUUAAAUAAUUUAGUAUUUUGA